AUGUCUGCUGGAAGCUCAGACUCUGGUACACCACGCAAGAUGGGCUAUGACCCUCACCAGAAUCCGGAGGAUAAACGACGGAUUCGCAAACAAUACCGUGGUUUGUUUCUGGAUGAUACAGGGAACACUCGCAAACCAAAUGAAUUCACUGCACAGGAGCUGCUUGACAAGGUCAAGCUCGCCGACAACCUCUUUGAUGAAGUCCAAGCGCCACAAGAAGCUACUCUCGACUCCUCAUUUCUACUCGCAGCGUCCAACAUGGGUGCUGCCAAAGCACGCGCCAUGAAGGCUGGAGGUGGCGCCUUUGACGUGGACGACUUCGUCGCGAAGUUGCUAAGCUAUAUGGGUGGUGCCGGGGCUGUGGAUGAGGGUCAGGAUGUCGCGCCACUAGACUGGGAGAAGAUCGGCCGAAAAGCUAUGGCGAAGAGCAGGCGGGUACCUGCGAUGGAUUUCAUGCUUGGACCUCUUCAAGUCGAGCAGAAGAAGCGGGUCAUGAAGCAGCGUGCAAGAUUGGAGAAGAACAAGGCGGAUGAGGUGAAGCCGCAGGAGAUCAAGGAGGACGAUAUCCAGCGGUCAGAGAACGAGACGACUAAGAAUGUUAUCCUGAUCAAAAACCUGCUUGAAGACAAAAGCAAUGAAGAGGAAUCGGGGAAGAUCAACUUAUUCCGGUUCAUCAUCAAUCCCAACGACUUCGCACAAUCCGUCGAGAACAUGUUCCACUUAUCAUUCUUGAUACGAGACGGCGAGUGCGCACUUGAACUUGAGGAGGACGGAGAGCCGAUGAUCUACAUCUGUGAACGCCCCUCUCAACAAGAUUACGCUGAAGGGUUGAAGAAGCAGCAGUUAGUACUUGAGUUUGAUAUGGAGGUCUGGGAGACCGCGAAACGUCUCUUCAACAUCACAGAACCAAUGAUUCCUCAAAGACCAAAGGCACAGAAGGCUAAGAAUGGCAAGUGGUACGGCUAA